GUUUUGAGAGGACCUGGUCUCACCGAAGGGUCCGAAACACGUCCCAUGGCGUCGGCCCUCUGCGUCCUCCUGCCCCUGGCGCUCGCGAGCUGCGAGGGGCCCUUUUGCGAAGAUGGCUUCAAUGCCCUGCUUCAGACAGAGCAGCGAUAUUUGCAGCGGAAAUUGGAUGCGAGCAGCAAUUUGGAGGCGUUCUCUGGCAACCCGGUGAUGGACGACGUCCGGUCUGCCUUCCAAGCGCUGCACGCCGAUGGCGACAUCAUCAAGAUUGACAAGGGGCCGUGGUCUUCGGAGGGCUACCGGAGCUAUAUGCCACCUUACGGGGAGCACAUCGAGGGCAUUCAGCGACUCCGGACCCCUGGCUACUUUGCCUUCUCAGGAGCCACCGCCGGGUCCGCGGAUUUGUUCCUCGCGCAGCUCGAGGGUUCUACGAGCGGUGCUGUGGGCGGCGCUGCGGGCAAGGUGGUGAAGAGGGUGACGCUGGACACCGUCCUCACACAUGCCGGAGGUUUCCAGGUGAGCGGGGACUUACUAGCCAUCGGGCUGGAGGCUCAGUGCACGCCCAUGGAGCGAACUUUUAUGACUUGCAGGAAGCAGUCGGAGGUGCGCUUCUACGACGUGAGCGAUCCUUUGGAUCCCAAGCGUUUGGGCAGCUUUAUAGACCGCCCUGGGCAGUCUGCGGGCGCUGUGGGGAUUGUGCAGCAGCAGAAUGGCAAGUGGCUGGCGCUGGUGGGAGACGGCGAUAACAACAACAUCGAUAUGUAUGUGCAACAGGAGGAUGGAUCUUGGAAGCUUUCAGCGUCAUGGAACAAGGGCGAGCUGUUGAUCAAUGCAGGCGUCAGCGGUGGCUACAAGUCCUACCAAUCCAUGAACCUCAUACUUCAGCAAGAUGGCAAGAUAUUCAUGGUCUGUGCGGCCCGAUCCUCCAUGGUGGGAGGGGCAGACUAUUUUGACCUCUUCUCCGUUCAGCCUACUGGGUCUGGUCGCGCUACGGUGACGAUGGUGGCCUCAAAGCACGUGACUUGCCACGGCUGUGACUUCGGGGCCGCAGGGGCCGUGUACGUGGACUCCAGCCGCAGGCAGCUCCGGACACGGGGUGUUGAGGUCAAGGCUUGAGAUGAGCUUCCCGCGAUGUCUGAUUCGGCAAGUGAUGCUUGAGUGAUCUUGGUUUGGAUGAAGAUUGGAAGACCCCGGGCGGAAUGGGCCAAUUUUACUUGGAUUUCUGAUUUCCAACCCUAGGUCCCUUUGACCCAAACCUUUGAGUGGUUUGGAUUUGAAGGGUUUUCUGAGCAGAAAAUUGUGACGAUUGCAAUGCUGCCGGUGAAUUGGCUGGCCAGCAUGGUUUCCCGCACAUGAAUUCCGAUUUGUGUAGACUCUGAGCAAAGCUGAAAAGAAGUGCGCUCAACAUGUCACAACAUGGCUGACAUUGUUGGACUUCAAGAAUGGUGCCUUCUUUUCUCUCCAAAUCUUUGCGGAUUGGGAUGUUUGCUGCUUGCGUGGCCGCAAACAGAACACUUCUGUGACUUACCAAUGGAGUAGUGGUGCUGGUUAAGCACCGCCGGCUAGCAAGGCUCUUGGGCUACGGCUCCUCCUGGCUGCCCAGCGCCUCAGCCACCAGUUUGCCGACACCGGGCAGCACCAUCUUCGUGAACGAGUUCUGACCGACGUCCUUAGUGCUUCUGAAGGCACAGCCACGGGUCAGGACGUAGGACCACCUGGUCACAAGUUGUGGGCUGCGGCUUCCCUCUGGCUCUGAAGUGACACAAGCGGCACGUGAGGAUGGCGAGCUUACCAGAGCUUGCCGCGUUUUAAUCAGACUUUUGGUGGGUCUUCCCUAUUUUCCCACAGCUUUGAGAUGAGUUUUUGGGGGUCUAAGCUUGGUCCACG